GCCCGAAAGAGUGUACGCCAGUGAGGAGGCCGCCUAGCAAGCCAUCCAAGCCCACGCUUCGGUCAACGGCUACAAGAUGGUUAGAAAUGGCCACAGUUCGGGCCGUGCCCGCUUCCGCUGCGCCAAGGGACGCAAGUACAAGCCUCGCCGGGGGUGAUUUGUACGAGCCGGGAACAGCGGCGCCACGCGCAAGCGCGCGCAUUAUUGACGGAUUAGAUGUUCUGGAUCCCGACUUCGAAGACGACCACGAUGCUGCGCUGUCCGUCGCCAACGUUGCCGCCAGCGAGGCUCGCCAGGAUGCUGCUAACCCGCAGUAGCUGACAAUCGCAAGCAGCUGCAUGGAGCACACUGCUAAGCCGUAAAUGUGUAGUUCAUAGUCAGUACCUUCAAGAAUAUCACAAAAGCAAUGGGAACGAGCUCAUGUUAUUUGCGUUGACUUCAAU